AGGUGGCGGAAAGUUUGCGGAGUGGCUGGCGGCGGUGGCGGCGCUGCGGUCCCCUCCCGCUUUCUUUACUUUUUUCUACACACCCGUCUCCCACCGCCUUCCCCCAUCAGCGGUCGCUCCGGGGCAUGAGCGGCAGCCGCCACCCGCGCUGAGAAGCAGGAGGUCGUGCCGCGCUCGGCUCUGUCAGUGGGGCGAACGCCAGGGACGGGAGCGCGGGCAGUGGCUCCGAGCCCGCCAUGCUCCGCCGGCUCGGCUCGGCGCUCGCCGUCCUCCCGGUGCUGCUCCUGCUGCCGCUGCUGCUGGGCGGCCGCCCCGCCGCCGCCCGCUGCCCCGCGCCUUGCCGCUGCGCUGGGCACCUCGUCGCCUGCAGCCGCCUGGAGUCGAGCCGGCUGCCCGAGCGGCUGCCGCGGGGGGCGGUGCAGCUGGACUUAAGUCACAACAAAUUAUCUUCAAUCAAGACCAGUAUCUUGGAUCACCUUCAUAGUCUUCAGGAAGUGAAGUUGAACAACAAUGAACUGGAGAUCAUUCCAGAUCUGGGACCAGUCUCAGCAAAUAUAACUCUUCUGUCUUUGACCAGUAACAAGAUUGCCAACGUUUUGUCUGAACAUCUGAAGCCGUUUCAGAGUCUAGAAACUUUGGACUUGAGCAACAACAACAUAUCAGAGCUAAAAGUUUCAUCAUUUCCAUCGUUACAACUCAAGUAUCUACAUUGUUUCAACAGGUAUAUUAACAGUAACCGAAUAACCUCUAUGGAGCCUGGUACCUUUGACAAUUUGUCUACCACACUUCAAGUAUUGAAACUGAACAGGAACAAAAUUUCAGCAAUUCCUCAAAAGAUGUUUAAACUGUCCCAUCUGCAGCACCUGGAGCUGAAUCGCAACAAAAUCAAAAAAAUAGAUGGACUCACUUUCCAAGGACUUCCUGCUUUGAAAUCAUUAAAACUGCAGAGAAAUGGGGUUACAAGGCUUAUGGAUGGUGCUUUCUGGGGUUUGACCAACAUGGAAGUCUUGCAGCUGGACCACAACAACUUAACAGAGGUAACCAAAGGCUGGCUUUAUGGCUUACUGAUGCUGCAACAACUCCAUCUCAGCCAAAAUGCCAUCAGCAGGAUCAGUCCUGAUGCCUGGGAAUUUUGCCAAAAACUCAGUGAACUAGAUUUGACAUUCAAUCAGUUAGCAAGGUUAGAUGAUUCAAGCUUCAUUGGUUUAAGCGUGCUGGUUGGACUGUACAUCGGAAACAACAAAGUAAACUACAUUGCUGAUUGUGCCUUCAAGGGACUUUCCAGUCUACAGAUUUUGGAUCUGAAAAACAAUGAAAUAUCAUGGACUAUUGAAGAUAUGAAUGGUGCUUUCUCUGGCCUAGAUAAACUUAAGAAGCUGAUACUCCAAGGAAACAGGAUUAGAUCUAUUACAAAGAAAGCAUUUUCUGGUUUGGAUGCACUUGAGCACUUAGAUCUAAGUAACAAUGCAAUUAUGUCAGUUCAAGGAAAUGCAUUUUCACAAAUGAAGAAACUCAAAGAAUUGCACUUCAACACAUCAAGUCUCUUGUGUGACUGCCAGUUGAAAUGGCUACCACAGUGGAUGUCAGAGAACAACUUCCAGAGCUUUGUAAAUGCCAGUUGUGCCCAUCCUCAGCUGCUAAAAGGGAGAAGUAUUUUUGCUGUCAGCCUGGAUGGGUUUGUCUGUGAUGAUUUUCCUAAACCACAGAUCACUGUCCAGCCAGAAACCCAGUCAGCAAUUAAAGGCUCCAAUUUGAGUUUUGUGUGUUCAGCAGCCAGCAGCAGUGAUUCCCCAAUGACUUUUGCAUGGAAGAAAGACAACGAAUUACUGCAAGACGCUGAAAUGGAGAAUUAUGCACACCUCCGGGCCCAGGGCGGAGAAGUGAUGGAGUACACCACCAUCCUUCGACUGCGGAAUGUGGAAUUCAGUAAUGAGGGGAAAUACCAGUGUGUUAUUUCAAAUCAUUUCGGUUCAUCCUACUCUGUCAAAGCCAAACUUACAGUAAACAUGCUGCCUUCAUUUACAAAAAUCCCCAUGGACUUGACCAUUCGAGCUGGGGCAAUGGCACGUUUGGAAUGUGCUGCAGUUGGGCAUCCUGUCCCACAGAUUGCUUGGCAGAAAGAUGGUGGAACAGAUUUUCCUGCAGCACGCAAGAGGCGCAUGCAUGUCAUGCCUGAAGAUGAUGUAUUCUUUAUUGUUGAUGUAAAGAUCGAGGACACAGGUGUUUACAGCUGUACAGCUCAAAACACUGCUGGAAGCAUUUCAGCUAAUGCAACAUUAACAGUACUAGAAACACCAUCAUUUUUGCGGCCUUUGCUGGAUCGAACUGUAACAAAAGGUGAAACUGCCGUCUUGCAGUGCAUUGCUGGUGGUAGCCCUCCACCACGACUGAACUGGACUAAGGAUGACAGCCCUCUCAUGGUAACAGAAAGACACUUCUUUGCUGCAGGCAAUCAGUUACUAAUUAUUGUGGAUGCAGAUGUAGAAGAUGCCGGGAAGUACACUUGUGAAAUGUCUAAUACACUUGGAACAGAACGAGGCAACAUCCGACUUAAUGUAAUUCCUACUCCCACCUGUGACUCUCCUCAAAACGUUGCCCCAUCACUUGAUGAUGAUGGAUGGGCCACAGUUGGCAUUGUGAUCAUAGCUGUGGUUUGCUGUGUGGUGGGCACUUCCUUGGUGUGGGUGGUCAUCAUCUACCACACCAGACGGAGAAAUGAAGAUUGCAGCAUCACAAAUACAGAUGAAACAAAUUUGCCUGCUGACAUUCCAAGUUACCUGUCAUCCCAGGGGACACUGGCUGAAAGGCAGGAUGGAUAUGGCUCAUCUGAAAAUGGCAGUCACCAUCAGUUCCUCUCAUCUUCUACAGGAGGGUAUUUCCUGCAGCAGAGGGACAGUAAUGGCAUUUGCCAUCUAGAUAACAGCAGUGAGACAGACUUGGAGGGUGUUGCGGAUCCAUUUCUUUGCCACUAUCUGGGGACUUCGGGAACUUUGUAUUUAAAAGGCAGCGCUUACAGUUCUGACGCAUUUGAAGCAUACGGUACAAGUUGCAGCCCUGACCAGAGAACAGCAGGCUUGGGCCUUUACGAGUCUGGAUAUUUAAAGAAAAAGGAAUGCUGUCAAUACUCACCUCCACAGGAAGAUCCCUUUGACCAGUGUGUUGGCAUUAUUGGAACACAGGCUACAAGUAGCAGAUUGAUGAACUCUAUUUAUACUCAAAAUGAAGGAACGGGACUGAAAAGCAGAAGUCUCAAUUCAGACACAUUUGACUUAAACAGAAGUUUGGAACCCUCAUCUAUUAUGAGUAAAAGCACUUUCAUGGGAACAUUUGGAAAGCCUUUAUGGAGGCCUCAGCUGGACUCUCUUUCAAGCUGUAGACAGCCUGCAAAUUGCCAACCAAAAACCUCCCAUAAUAAUCAUCAUGUCUCACUGGACUUUGAUGCAGAGGCAGAUGAAGAGGGAAAGGAAAGGACAGUUUCUAGAGGAGAAAAUAGCUUUUAUACUUGCAAACAGUCCUUUGAAAACUUUAGGACUUCUACUUUCCAAUCCUCUGAUUUGGAUACGUAGCUCCUUUUGGAAUUAAUGAUUUGUGGAACCAAAGAAAUAAUUUUACAUACUACUACCUCAGUAUGGAACUUUAUUUAAAAAGGAAAUAAGGAGAAGAAGGGAAGAAAGAAACCCCAUGAUGCUCUGAAAUCAGAAGAAAAAAUAUAUUUUUUUUUCCAAUAAAGCAUAAUUUCCAAGAUGCUCUACAUUGGUUAUACAGGAAAAAAAUCCUAUAUUUGUAAUUAUUUUAUAGCCUUUUUUAAAUGCAAAUAAUAUGUUUUGUAAAUUAAUGGUGUAAAUAAUACAAUGUGUGUAUUUCUAUGUCAGACUUCAUUUUCUUGAAAUGAGUAGUAAGCAUUCUAAUUUUGUACUGUUUCUUGUACCUUUUUACAAAUGGAAACUACAUGCUGUUUGCAUGUACCAUGCAUCUUAUUUGCACAUUACUUUAAUAAAAUAUGCUGCCAUGUGGUCUCUGAUCCACAUUAGUGUAUGAAGAAUGAAAAGUGUGAAUUACGUUUGUAGGCAGUGUUGCAAAUGUAGGUGCUUUCUGAUGCGUGUUUGCACCUUCAUUUGACUUAAACUUGCACCUUUAGAUUUACUGUGUAAAAUAUGUUCAUCUUCAGAGAGUGCGUGUGGUCCUGCCACAGCUACUGGUAGGUGGGUUGCAGCUAUAUGAACCAAAACAAGGCUGUAAAUCCUCCAGUUUGUGAAUUCCCCCUGUCAGAUGUGCACACACAUGCUCUAAGUUUUCAUGCCUAUGAGGCUGUAGUACCAGCAAUUUCCCUGUGCCUUUGUUAGUGAGCCUGCAUCUGGUGUAGGGAUAUACACACUAGAUAUACAAAUUCAUAUCAAGCUAUUUAGCAAAAGAAAAAAAAAAGGCACUGGAUGUCUGCCUGGUAACCUAGCUUUUCUCCGAGUGGCUUAGUGUCAAGUGUUUGCCAAAUACACAGUGCAUGCCUGAAUUCCUGCUUUCCCAUACCCUUUCUCCCUCUUUUUUCCUUCUGCAGCCACUCCCUGCUUAACAUGAGGAGGUAAUCCAAGAACACAAUACUGGGGGUUUUUUUGUUUAAUUCAUGCUUCUGUUCCUUACUUGGCUGCCCUUCUCUGGUUACAGAUGAGAUCUGUGCUUUAUUUAAUUGCUCAGUCAAGUUGAGAAAUUGUAGACACUUGCUGGAUUAUAU